AUGGAUGUUGGCUUACCAUGUCUAGGUCUGUAUUCAGAAGACCUUCGGGUUGUCAAGCCUGUGCAUAGACACAUGGAAUUGGAACAAGUGUCACAGUGCAAGUUGCGUACACAAUUAUGA